CGCACAGAAGCGGAGCGCUGCCGAGACCGAGGCUAGGCCCUGCCCCGCCCUGCCAGGAUGGUGCUGCCCUCCCUGAAGCUGCAGGAGCUGAUCCAGGAGAUCCGCGGGGCUAAGACUCAGGCCCAGGAGCGAGAGGUCAUCCAGAAGGAGUGCGCCCACAUCCGGGCCGCCUUCCGCGAGGGCGAUGCCCCCCAGCGCCACCGCCAGCUCGCCAAGCUCCUCUACGUCCACAUGCUGGGCUAUCCCGCCCACUUUGGACAGAUGGAGUGCCUGAAGCUGAUCGCAUCACCCCGAUUCACAGACAAAAGGGUGGGCUACCUGGGGGCAAUGCUGCUGCUGGAUGAGAGGCAGGAUGCCCACCUGCUCAUAACCAACAGCAUUAAAAAUGACCUGAGCCAAGGGACCCAGCCAGUGCAGGGGUUGGCACUCUGUACCCUAAGCACCAUGGGCUCAGCAGAGAUGUGCCGGGACCUAGCCAAUGAAGUGGAGAGGCUGCUGUUGAAGCCCGAUCCUUACAUUAGAAAGAAGGCAGUGCUGGCUGCAGUGCACAUGAUCCGGAAGGUCCCUGAGCUCUCUGACAUCUUUCUCCCACCCUGUGCCCAGCUGCUGCAUGAACGCCACCAUGGUAUCCUGAUGGGAACAAUCACACUGAUCACAGAGCUAUGUGAGCGAAGCCCUGCUGCCCUCACACAUUUCCGACAGGUGGUACCCCAACUGGUACAGAUUCUUCGGACUCUGGUGAUGUCUGGAUAUUCAGCAGAGCAUAGUGUAGCUGGGGUCAGUGACCCUUUCCUGCAGGUUCAGAUAUUGAGACUACUUCGGAUCCUAGGCAGAAACCAUGAGGAGAGCAGUGAGGCCAUGAAUGAUAUGCUGGCCCAGGUGGCCACCAACACAGACACAAGCCGUAAUGCCGGCAACGCCGUCUUAUAUGAGACGGUACUCACCAUUGUGGACAUCCGUUCUGCCUCUGGCCUUCGGGUUCUUGCUGUCAACAUCCUUGGCCGUUUCCUGCUCAACAGUGACAAGAACAUCAGGUAUGUGGCCUUGACCUCACUGCUGCGACUGGUGCAGUCGGAUCAUAAUGCUGUGCAGAGGCAUCGGCCCACCGUAGUAGAGUGUCUAAGGGAGCCCGAUGCCUCCCUUAGUCGGCGGGCACUAGAACUGAGCUUGGCUCUGGUGAAUAGUUCUAACAUUCGGUGCAUGACCCAGGAGCUGCAAGGUUUCCUGGAAUCCUGCCCUGUGGAUCUUCGGGCAGACUGUGCAUCAGGCAUCCUGCUGGCUGCAGAGAGAUUUGCCCCAACAAAGCGCUGGCAUAUAGACACCAUAAUGCAAGUGCUGACCACGGCAGGUGCCCACGUGAGAGAUGAUGCAGUGGCCAACUUAACUCAGUUGAUUGGAGGAGCAGAGGAGCUUCACACUUACUCUGUACGCCGGCUCUACAGUGCCCUGGCUGCAGACAUUUCCCAGCAACCCCUGGUCCAAGUAGCCGCCUGGUGCAUUGGGGAGUAUGGAGACCUUCUGCUGUCCGGGAGCUGUGAGGAGACCGAGCCCCUGCAGGUUCAAGAAGAGGAAGUGCUAAUGCUACUAGAGAAGGUGUUGCAGUCCCACCUGUCCUUGCCAGCUACCCGAGGUUACGCCCUCACCGCCCUUAUGAAACUCAGCACCAGGCUCCAAGGAGACAACAACCGCAUCCGACAAGUCGUAUCCAUCUAUGGAAGCUGCUUGGAUAUAGAGCUACAACAGAGGGCUGUGGAAUACAAUGCUCUGUUCCGGAAGUAUGACCAUAUGAGAUCGGCAAUAUUGGAAAAGAUGCCUCUUGUGGAGCAUGGUGGACCCCAAGAUGAUGAGCCAGGAGAAGGCAAAGAAGAGCCUUGGAGUCCAAACAGAGAGGUCCAGUCCCCCACCGAACCCCCGACUUCAAAUCUCUUAGACCUCUUGGAUCUCCUGGAUAGUGCCCGCAGGGAUGCCCAACUAUCUCCUGCUUUAGAUCUAACCCCAGGAGGUUCCUUAUUACACCUAUUGGAUCUUCCUUCCAAUACCCCCUCCCUAGCACCCAUCCCAGGUCUAAAGGUGUUUGACCGAGAAGGACUACAGAUCAAUCUGUCUUUCGUUCGUCCCCCUGAGACACCUGCCCUGCUUCUGAUCACUGCAACUGCCAGCAACACCUCCAAGAGUGAUGUCACCCACUUUGUGUGUCAGGCCGCUGUGCCCAAGAGUUUCCAGCUGCAGCUGCAGAUACCCAGUGGGGACACAGUGCCAGCUCAGGGAGGUCCUCCCAUCACACAGGUCCUCAGAGUCCUCAAUCCCAAUAAGGCCCCUUUGCGGAUGAGACUGCGACUCACGUACAGCCACUUCGGAGAGUCAGUGCAGGAGAUCUUUGAGGUGAAGGACUUCCCUCCAGACACAUGGCAGUGAUGGGAUGUGCUUCCUUAGCCUGAGCAGGAAGAAGGCCCAGCCUCUCCAAAGAGCCCCAGACUGAGCCUGUGGGGUUUGAAGUCACUGUUCCCAAGGGUUACCAGUAGGUGGCACUAUGCCUCCAUGAUUCUCUACUGCAGAGACAGACUGGGGCAUGGGGGGCUCGGAUCUCCCCCGGCAAUGAAGAAUUACAAUAAAUUUGG